CGGUGGAUGUGAGGAGGUCCAGCGGCCGGACGGACGGACGGACAGACGGACAGACGGACGGGGAGAGUCGUCAGGAUUAAUGGAAGAACUCACACCCGCAGGAUUUGUUGUCGUGCUUAAAACGGUCCCGUUAUUUCUUGGUGCUGCUUGAGCUGCGGUUUUGACUCGGGAUAGUUGGAAACUCUCUGAGCAGCAGCAAAACUUCUGAGUGAUAGAAAAAUAUGGAGCUUUUCUUUUGACAGCUUUUGACCGCUGCUGCCGCCAGACUGACAAACAUCAGUGACCAGGAGGUGAGCUGUCACCAUCCAUUCAGCUGCCAGAGGACUGACCGGCCCUGCAGCCGUGCAUCCUGACUGUCUCUGCCUGCAUUUGUGUCUGAGUGUCCAUGAUGGCUCAAAGGGGGCUUGACUGGUGGAUCCCCUGCUGACACCUCAGAUCCCCAGAUAUCCGCCCCGACUUCUCCCUUUCCUGACGGCUUGGGUGUACCCUUGUUCCGUGGAGCCCCCCUCCCCUUUUAAGCUGUCACCAUGGCUAGUCUGGUGCUCAAUGAGACUGGAAUGGAGGACUGUGGGAUCGAUGACUCCUUCAAGUACAACUUGUACUCUGUGGUCUACAGUGUGGUCUUCGUCCUAGGCCUGAUCACCAACUGUGCUGCGCUCUUUGUGUUCUGCUUGCGGAUGAAGAUGCGCAAUGAGACCACGAUGUUUAUGACUAACUUAGCAUUAUCUGAUUUAGUGUUUGUUUUUACGCUGCCGUUCAAGGUCUUCUACAAUGUUAACCGCCACUGGCCGUUUGGAGAUGGACUUUGUAAGGUGUCAGGAACAGCCUUCAUCACCAACAUCUACGGCAGCAUGCUCUUCCUCACCUGCAUUAGUGUAGACCGCUUCCUGGCAAUAGUGUACCCUUUCCGCUCACGCUCCAUCCGCACACGCAGGAAUGCAGCGCUGGUGUGUGCCGCCGUGUGGCUGACCAUCGUAGGGGGAGGAAUAUCAGUGACCUUCUUCUCCACCAUCAACAGCACAAACAGAGCCACCACAUGCUUCGAGGGCUUCUCUAAGAGCACCUGGAGGACCUACCUGUCCAAAAUCACCAUCUUUAUUGAGGUCGUGGGCUUUCUCAUUCCCCUGCUGGUCAACUUGGUAUGUUCCUCGCUGGUUCUGCGGACACUGCGUCGCCCGGUAACUGUUGGUCAUGGCUGUGACAGCAAAAGACGUGUCUUACGGAUGAUUCUGGUCCAUCUGGGCAUCUUCAUCAUCUGCUUCGUCCCUUAUAACUCUAUCCUAUUCCUAUAUGCGCUGGUGCGGACCCAGGCCCUGGCCAGCUGCACUGUAGAGCGAUUCGCCCGAACUCUCUACCCGAUCACUCUGUGCCUGGCCAGCCUCAACUGCUGCCUGGACCCCGUGGUUUACUACUUCACCUCAGAGAGCUUCCAGAAAAGCUUGACCAUGGGAGGAAAAGGGUCCGGCUCUCGCCCUGAGAGUAUCCCCCGCAGCGACACUGAGACCCAGGACACAGCAAACACUCUCCCCAGAGACACACACACUCUGGCCAGCAAUGGAAAAGAGACAAAGAUGUCUGAAAGUCAGUUCUGACACAGCAGGGAACAUGGAAGGUAAAGAAGGACAGGGUGGGUUCGAAAGACAGGAACCCCCGAAUUUGAAAAAAUAAGCAAUCAGCUGUUUGGUCCUGGAAGUGACAAAUGCAUAACUCAGCAGAUUAGUUAAGUCCUGAGGUAAAUCCUGAGGUAUGGCCUGAGCUUUACGGAUUAAUCCACCACUGGAGAGCAAAGGAAUGUAUCUGUGUUUAUUAUGAGAGAACACUACAGGGACCAGAGACCCAGCCGCAUCAGGACUAUUGUGAUAGUCCAGAGACAUGCAGAGCCUCUGAAAGAGACUCCAACACAUCAUCACUCAGGCUUAACACACACAAACACUCACAAAUGCACUGGGUUGUGGAUAAGAUGGAGAUUUCCGUCCAUGCUGUUUAAAUAUGCUGUUAAGUACUUUUAUAAUAAACUGAGCCCUUAAGUUUUAUUGUUAUAAAGCUCAAGCUUUCGCAGUGCAUUAUAUCACUUUAGACAUUAAUGUUAUGACACUCUUUAAUGUGGUGAGAACCAUUGUUAUUAUAACACAGCAGCGUACUGACCUGCUGAGUUAAAUGUGUCUUGAUGUUGAAGUUUGAGGCCAUUAAAUGUCUGUUUUGAAA